AUGGAGAAUAAAAUUCUUUCUUGGCGUGCUACAGCUCCAGAAGCCAUUGCUAUCAUUGAUGGUGUUCGCUCUAUCUCUUAUGGCGAACUCAUCGAUUCCGCCAAAACAUUUGCACGCUUCCUUCAGGAACGCGGCUUCAAGCAAGGUGAUCCUGUCGGGAUCAUGUUCGACAUUGAUCAUCGACAAAUUAUCGCACAGUUGGCCAUUCUCUUUGCUGGUGGAACUUGUGUUCCAAUCUCGUCUACAGCACCAUUUCAUCGCACUGCAAGCAUGUUGAAUGAUGCCAACGUUCAGUACGUUAUUGCUGACGAGAACUCAACCUUCUCUUCCGAGAGUAUCACUCUGCUCCAUCUCAGUGAUGGGUCGGCCUCGGGAUCUUCCAAUGGCGCGACUGACUCUGGUUCCCCAUGGAAUGAAUUUCGUCGUACGCACAUACUUUUCACCUCUGGUUCAACUGGUAAACCCAAGGGCGUCCAGAUCAGCAGCUCGGCCAUAAUGCACCUGGCAACUAGUACCCCAAUGACACCACUGAACCUCACAGAUCGGGUGGCUGCUUUCAACGACCCUGGUUUUGACCUGAGUCUCUUCGAAGUCUGGGUCACUCUUCUCAGCGGUGCCACUAUCGUCAUUAUCCCAAAGGUGAUAGUGGUCGAUUCUACUGCGCUGAAGAGCUAUCUCGAACGUCAAAAGAUUUCUAUCAUGAUAAUGCCUGCCGCUCUUUUUCAUAUCGUCGCCACGUCAUCGCCUGAUUCCUUUCAUUGUCUUCGGCAUCUGCUCACUGCAGGUGAUGUUGCCAAUAAGACGGCCAUGCGUGCUGUUCUUGAGCACAACCCGCCACAGCAUCUUUGGAACACGUAUGGUCCGACUGAGUGUACAACUCUUGCGACAAUGCGCGAAGUUGAUAUGAAGGAAACACUGCGUGACCGGGUUGGUAUCGGGCAUUCUGUUGGUCAGAUGAAGAUUGUCCUCAUGGAUCAAUCUCAACAGGUCAUUCGCGAUACCAAGCAGCGAGGCGAGAUCUGCAUCGCUGGCCCCCAACAAACAGAAGGUUAUCUGAGUCAACAAACUCGUGAUGAGUCACUUUUCAUCGAGCUCAAUACCCCGGCAGCCAAUGGUGUUGACGGGGACAUGCUGAAAGGCCGGGGCGACUCGCACAUUCGGUUUUACCGGACUGGCGACAUGGCAGAAUGGAGAGAAGACGGCGGCGGCUUAGAUUUCUUUGGGCGCAAAGACAAUCAGUUGAAGCACGGAGGUUUCCGAGUAGAAUUGGAAGAGAUUGAGAGAAGUCUCCUCGAAAGCGAACUUGUUCAAUCUGUCGUUGUCGUGAAUCAGCCAGCAACAGAUUCGGGUGGUGUUGCGGUUCUGAUCGCAUUUGUCGUGCCCUAUGACAAAACUACUACAAAAUCGCAAGAUCUGAUAUCCUUUGCCCGGCGCCUACUCCCGCAUUACAUGGUCCCUGACAGGUUUGAAAUCGUUGACAAUCUUGUCCUGGACUCCAGAGGCAAGGUUGAUCGUCGUGCCUUUUUGGAGAGCUCCUCCAAAGCGAGACCAACAAUCCCCAGUUCGAUUCUCACGGAAGGGAAUCAUACAGUUUCACCAACAAAGGCUACGCUAAAGGGUAUGUGGGAGCACAUUCUAGGCGUGUCACCGAUCAGAGACGAUGACGACUUCAUGGCCCUUGGCGCCACCUCACUCCAAAACGCUGCUCUUAUCGCUCGUAUUAAGAAGCAGCUUGGGCGCCUCAUCUCCAUGCAUGAUUUGUACUGCCACUCACGCUUUUCAAGUUUGCUUCAUUUCCUCAAAAGUGAUACACAGUCCAUCACUGCACCUAACGAUGCGGAUAAAUGGAUCAAGGACGUCAACACGGUGGAUGACGUCGAGGAGACACUCAACUGGGAAGACCAAGACGAAGGCAAAAUCUUCUUGACUGGUGUGACUGGCUUCGUGGGUGCUUUUCUGCUCGACGAGCUUCUGCGUCACCCAAAUGUCAAACAGGUUGCUUGCCUAGUUCGUGGUCAAACAGUAGCUGAAGCUGCUCGUCGCCUUCAAGCCAACAUGCAGAAAUACAAUCUGUGGCCUGAUGACUUCGCUUUGACUACCAAGAUCAUGGUACUCCCAGGGGAUAUCACGAGUCAAGAUCUCGGUCUUGGAUCAACCAAGUUUGAGUGGCUCGCCAAUUGGUCCAGCGCCAUCUUUCAUCUCGCUGCCAAGAUCAAUUUCUGUGACUCAUAUCAUGAACACUACAAUACCAACAUCCUUGGAACUCGCAACAUGCUACGUCUUGCUGCGCGAGGGCGGCGGAAGACAUUUCACUACGUGUCUAGCAUCGAUACAUGGGGUCAGACAGGAUACUUUCUGGGAACCAAGAGAGUCUUGGAAGAUGAGCCUCUGGGUCCCCAUAUUCAAGGCGUGAGGUACGAUGUCGGCUACUCUCAGAGCCAGUGGACGGCUGAGGGAAUGGUACGACGCAUGAGAGAUCGCGGCUUCCCAAUUAUUAUUUAUCGACCCGGCUUCAUCAUUGGCCAUUCUGUCACGGGAGCGAGCAAUCCCAAUGACCUUGUUUCACGACUCAUCUCCAGCUGCAUCAAACUUGGCGCAUGGCUCAAACUCGAUCUUGAUCCGGCGUAUGUUACAGUUGACUAUGUUGUCAAGGCUAUGUUACAUAUUUCACGUUCAACGAAAAACAUCGGGAAGUCAUAUUGCCUCCUGGCGCCACAGUUUAAAGAGUCGGUAUCUGUUAACAAGACUUGCUCUCUCAUCUGUCAAGCUGGCUACAGAGUGGAGCUCACAAGCUAUCCUGACUGGAUUGCACAGUUGUCGGAAAAGAUGCUUCCCGAUGAUCCCCUUGCACCUGUCAUGCCUCUGCUAGAAGAGAAGGUCUUGGGCAACUUCACGAGACUUGAGGUGAGCCAGCACUCUCCGAUCUACGAUUCGAUAAAUGCUAUCGAGGCUCUUGCAGGUAGCGGUAUUCAAUAUGUUUUACUAAGUCCGGAUAUAAUUAAGCGAUACAUUGCGUUCUGGAAUAAGAAGGGGUUCUACUCUAUUUAA